AUGCCCUUGACAUUAAAUACCUCGGCAUCUUUUGCCCUUACCUCCUCUACAGCAUCGGGUGAUGAUUGGGGUCGUGCAUAUCAAACCAAAACAACCAUCAAUAAAGACGGCACUACACGUACGAAGCGUACUCAACGCCUUGGAGAACCCAUCAUUGAAGAAACACGACGAUGGGAUGGGAAGGGAAGGAGAGUCCUGGAAGAUGGAAGUAUCUAUGAGAAAAAUGGAAAGGGGAAAGGAUGGGUACAAGUCCAGGGGCCUACUGUGAAACCAAUCCAAAAUACGAACAAGGGGGGAAGUAGGAGAAAGGGAACGAUUUUGGGAAUAACGUGUGAGCCGAGUAAGAAUGUGGUGGGGAAUGGAAAUGGGUUGGGGAAUAAUUUGGGGAAGGGAGGGGUGGGGAAGGGAACGGAAAAUUGGUUGAAUGGGAUUAUGGCGAGAGUUGCGAAUGAUGCGUUGGAGAGUAGAGGGAAAGGAAGGAUUGUGCAGGAGGUGGAGAGUGAUGAGGAGGAAAGCGAGGAGGAUAGCGAGGAGGAUAGCGAGGAAGAAUAUACUGAAAGUGAGGAGUACACUAGUGGAGAAUAUACGAGUAGCGAGGGGGAAGACGAAGAGGAGGAGGAGGAAGAAGACGAAGAAGUAGAGGAAAACUCGAAAUCCAAGAAGAGUGAUACGACGACAAAGAGUAAGAGUAAGGUUGGGACGCCAAAACAACAAACUCCCAAGAAAGAGGUGGGAAAAAAGCAAAAACCAACGAAAAAGCAACUUGUACAGGAGGAGUCCAGUAGCGAGGAAGAAUCUGAUGAUGACGAGGAUGAUGAUGGUUAUGUGAUUGAAGAGAUAACUUCAUCUGACGCAAGAGAAUCAUCUUCCGAGGAAGAGGAAGAAGAAGAAGAGGAGGAGGAGGACGAUGAUGAUGAUGAUGAGGAGGAGGAAGAAGAAGAAGCGAAAAAGCCAGAACCCAAGAAGCCCGCAGAGAACAAAACAGCCGAGAAGCCGAAAGGAAUGCCCAAAGGAAAGUUUUCUAAGAAGAGCGUCGCGAUCCCAUAA